AUCUAAAAUUUACUUCAGAUUCUAGACAUUUUCCUUUUUUUAAGGAUUUAAUCUUUUUUUUUUUUUGCUUGACUUCCACAAAAUGAAAUCUAGUAAAUUUAAAAUACAAAUGCAUCCUGCUUUCUAUUUUAUUCCAGUAUGCAUUUGACCUGUUAAUGUAGUUGUACCAAGUCAGUUGACAAAAAAGUUAGCGUAUUUUCAAACACAAUUUAUUAUUUUUUUUGCAAAUAUGUUAACACUGGACCAACAGCACAAGUUGGCUAAUAGCUGCAACUAAAAAAAUUUAAACUCCACGACACCACAAGAGACUGGUUAAUGCGAUACCACACUACAUAAAUGUAUUAAUAAAAAAAAUAAAAAAGCAGCAGUUAUGCUAAUACUAUAAAAACUUUAAAGUGUGAACAUUUAUUUUUAUUUUAUCAAUAUAAAAUACUAACGUCAGUCACUGUAAAUAAUAAAAAAUAAGGUUCUAAAAAUGUUUUUUGUUUGUUUUUUUGUUUGUUUUUUUACCAAAUUACUGAAAUAAAUGAACUUUUGAUGAUAUACUAAUUUCUUCAUAUGAAUAUUUAUACUUAUGUACAUUUCCAUGUGCUGGCUUAGGCUUUAACCGAAAUAAGAAGUCCAUGAACCAGCGGUCCGUCCAACUCCUAACAGCAUGUUUCCCAGAGGACACACCAGUGGACACGGUGAAUCCCACCUAUCGGAGCUGUUGAGGAAAGAUCAGCAGAGUCCAAAUGUGCGCCUACAUCAGCAGGAGCAAGAAGAUGACCCCCCUCAUAAACUGCCAUCACCUCACUUUACUGCCACCAUGGCUGACUAUGUCCCAUCUGGGGACAAGGAAAGUUCUAAGUGCCAGGAUAGCGGUGGAGCUACAAACUAUCUCCUUGAAAAGGACAGAAAGGAGGCAGAAACUGACAAGAGGGAGAAUGAGAAACCAGGGCAAAGCUCUGGUAACAUAGUAGAGCAUAUCCUGAAAGAACUGAAAGGCAUUAACAAGAUCCAGGAGGAAAUUUCUGACUUAAGGCAGUAUUUGUCAUCAGUUCGAAGCUCAGUGGAUGAAGUCUCUUGUUGUGUCGAUUCAGUGCUCAGCGAAAUAGGGGAGUUGUAUUGUGGAGCUUCAGCUGAACCUCACUUCAACUCAUUUCCUGGAACACCACACACAAGACAUGGCAGCCUAGGAAGGCAGGACGCCAUCCUAUGUUGUGAAGAGGGAAGUUUAAGCCCCGUAUUGGAUAAUAAACAAACUAUAAAAGAUUCAGAAUUUACAUUGUCUGAAACAUCGCUCAAAAGGUGGCAGAGUGAUGAAAUGACUUUUAGAUCCUUUCACCAGGAGACGUCUGAGCAGGGUUUAACUGUGCACACAAGACCUAAAAGUCCAGGUCUCUGCUAUCUGGAGCUUCAUUGUGAUCAGAACUACCAAAGCAUCAGUUCUUUGUCAUCGUGUCAUAGCUCUAAUUAUCCAGACGGAGUGUUGUAUUCAGCAAAUCCAGACGUUGACAGGUGGUCCUCUGUAGAUAAGCUGUCCAUAAAAAGUGGAAUGCGGGACUGGAGUGAAGAGGACAUCUCUUUGUGUGCAAACAGUUUGGAAGAGUUGGAGAUUGAUCAAGAAGUUUGGAAGAAGAACGUAGAAACGCAGAGCAGCACAUCGGAGCAUUCCCUGCACACCAGUUCUGAGCACCUCUCACAGUUGUUUGGACAUCAUUACAAUUCUCCUUCAAGUUCUUCCAGUAUGGUAGAGUGGAGGCCUCUAAGAAAUGAAACUAAGGAGGAAAACUUUGAGUGUGACUGUGCUGCAAACUGUCCAUUUUCUCGUAGCUCUGGUUACCACACCAUGGAUGCUGGGGUAAAUGACCUCAUCGCCGCACCCUCCAGGAGUCUGAGCUGUUCAACGGUACUUCUGACAGACUGUGACAAUGGGUAUCUUGAUCCACAAUCGUCUUGUGAGGAUUGUCCCUCAUCUGGGGAUACCCUUGAUUUGGGAUCUUCUGAAAGUUUGGACAGAGAGUGGACAGAUCACAGUGUUUAUAGAGAGGAUGCUGGAGACUCUUUUUCCCCAAAGUCUUCGGAAAAAGACUUUGAUUCCACAGCUGAAAUUGCAAAUGUGGGUUUUGAUGUAAAGCUUAGCAAGGCGGUGGUCAGUUUUAGGUCUGCUUUGAAAGAGGCUUUGAAAAAAAUCGAAGUAUCUAACCCUGAAGAAACGAAAGAUGAUAGUAAGAUGGGGAUUUCUCCACCACCUCAACAACCCAGCGAGCAAAUUGUUGCUGAUAAUACAGUAAACAAGGCUAGGCUGACAGAGAAGGGAAUUCAGAUCACCUCUCCUGUACAACUUAGAUACACCUGUGCUGAUGUGGAUUGCAAAAUUCAAAAGUCAGUUUCCCCUUCCAAAAGAACCUGUUCUCCAUCAGAGCACCAGACAACCGAGAUGCUACUGGAAAAAGAACAUCCAAAUGAUGGGGAUUUGUCCAACACUAACUCAACAACUGACCACACUUCUACUCUACAGCAAGAGUGUUCUCUGGGUUCAGUGCUUGAUGCCAACAAUGCUGGGUUAAGCCCAAUUCAGGAGAACUCCCUUCUUGCCGAUGUAGAUCAUGAAAACCCAACUGAUGCCUGUCACAAGGAACGAAUUGCAAACUUUCAGCGAAUUCUGAAGGAAAAAAAGCAAAUUCGUCAUAGACUUUCCAGGUCCAUUCAAGGUUCCCAGGGGUCCCAUGGCUCGCAAGGCUCCCAGGGAUCCCAGUGUCAUGAAGACGUUUUUCAAGAUUAUGGAAGGGAAGAUUACCAGGUGCGAGAUGUGGAAUCUGAUGCUAGGCAAGCCUGGCUAAAACCAGAUGGUGGAUCUGGUCUGUAUGGAAUUGACAGCAUGCCAGACUUGCGAAAAAAGAAGCCCAUCCCCUUGGUCAGCGAUGUGGCUAUGUCUCUCGUUCAAGCCAGGAAGGCAGGGAUCGCUUCUGCCAUGGCUGCGCGGUCCUCAUUCAAGGACGAAGAGCUGAAAAACCAUGUGUAUAAGAAGACCCUGCAGGCACUCAUUUACCCAAUAUCCUGCACAACCCCUCAUAACUUUGAGGUGUGGACAGCUACCACACCCACAUACUGCUAUGAGUGUGAGGGGCUGCUGUGGGGGAUUGCUCGCCAAGGCAUGCGUUGCUCCGAAUGUGGGGUCAAGUGCCAUGAGAAGUGCCAGGAGCUACUUAAUGCUGACUGUCUACAGCGCGCUGCGGAGAAAAGCUCCAAACAUGGAGCUGAAGACCGAACUCAGAACAUAAUCAUGGCCAUGAAGGACCGGAUGAAAAUCAGGGAAAGAAACAAACCAGAGAUCUUUGAGCUGAUAAGAGAAGUGUUCACCAUCACUAAAUCCCUUCACAUGCAGCAGAUGAAGGGCAUUAAGCAGAGCGUGCUGGACGGGACCUCAAAGUGGUCGGCCAAGAUCACCAUCACAGUUGUCUGUGCUCAAGGACUUCAGGCCAAAGACAAAACCGGAUCCAGUGAUCCAUAUGUUACGGUUCAGGUGGGAAAAACCAAGAAGAGAACCAAGACCAUCUAUGGCAACCUCAAUCCAGUCUGGGAGGAAAAGUUCCACUUCGAGUGCCACAAUUCUUCCGACCGAAUCAAGGUGCGUGUUUGGGACGAGGAUGAUGAUAUCAAGUCCAGGGUGAAGCAGCGUCUAAAGAGAGAGUCUGAUGACUUCCUUGGACAGAGCAUCAUAGAAGUUCGCACGCUGAGUGGAGAAAUGGACGUGUGGUACAAUCUGGAGAAGAGGACGGACAAGUCGGCUGUGUCGGGCGCCAUUCGCCUCCAAAUCAACGUGGAGAUCAAAGGAGAGGAGAAGGUGGCUCCAUAUCAUGUGCAAUACACCUGUUUGCAUGAGAACUUGUUCCACUAUUCGACUGAUGUCCUGGGUCAGGGCGCGGUGAAGAUCCCAGAGGCUCGUGGAGACGAUUCAUGGAAAGUCUACUUUGAUGAUGUUGCUCAAGAAAUAGUCGAUGAAUUUGCCAUGCGCUACGGGAUUGAGUCGAUCUACCAGGCGAUGACACACUUUGCCUGCCUUUCAACGAAGUACAUGUGUCCUGGAGUUCCUGCAGUGAUGAGCAGCCUGUUGGCUAACAUCAAUGCUUUCUAUGCCCACACAACAGCUUCAACCAAUGUGUCUGCUUCAGACCGCUUUGCUGCCUCAAAUUUUGGGAAAGAACGAUUUGUGAAGCUUCUGGACCAGCUACACAACUCUUUGCGCAUUGACCUUUCCACCUACAGAAACCACUUCCCUGCUAGCAGCAAAGAUCGCCUGCAAGAUUUAAAAUCCACAGUGGACCUGCUAACAAGCAUCACCUUCUUUAGGAUGAAGGUCCAGGAAUUACAGUCUCCACCCAGAGCCAGUCAGGUGGUGAGGGACUGUGUGAAGGCCUGUCUCAACUCCACUUAUGACUACAUCUUCAAUAACUGUCAGGAGCUGUACAGCAGGCAGUACCAACCUGCAGACGCAAGCAAAGAGGAGGUUCCUUUGGAGGAGCAGGGUCCAAGUAUCAAGAACUUGGACUUUUGGCCCAAACUCAUCAUGCUCAUUGUUUCCAUCAUAGAAGAAGACAGGAACUCCUACACACCUGUGCUCAACCAGUUUCCUCAAGAACUGAAUGUAGGAAAGGUGUCAGCAGAAGUCAUGUGGACAUUGUUUGCUCAGGAUAUGAAGUACGCAAUGGAAGAACAUGAGAAGCACAGACUGUGUAAGAGCACAGACUACAUGAACUUGCAUUUUAAAGUCAAGUGGCUCUACAAUGAAUAUGUAAAGGAGCUGCCAAGCGUCAAAGGAAUCGUUCCCGACUACCCAUCGUGGUUUGUUCAGUUUGUUCUUCAGUGGCUGGAUGAAAAUGAGGACGUAUCGAUGGAGUUUAUGCAUGGAGCCCUGGAGAGAGACAAAAAAGAUGGAUUCCAGCAGACGUCUGAGCAUGCUCUGUUUUCCUGCUCUGUCGUGGACAUCUUCACUCAGCUCAACCAGAGCUUUGAAAUCAUCAAGAAGCUGGAAUGUCCUGAUCCCAGUGUGAUGGCUCAGUACAGCCGCCGCUUCUCCAAGACAAUUGCCAAAGUUCUUCUGCAGUACAGCGCCAUUUUGACCAAGAACUUUCCUUCUUACAUUGAGAAGGAGAAUAUUCCCUGCGUCCUCCUCAACAACGUGCAGCAGUUAAGAAUCCAGCUGGAGAAGAUGUUUGAGUCGAUGGGGGCCAAACAGAUGGACACAGAAGCCAGUGACUUGUUGAACGACCUACAAGUUAGACUGAACAAUGUGCUGGACGACCUCAGCAGGACAUUUGGCAACAGUUUCCAGAGCCGGAUCAAUGACUGCAUGCGGCAGAUGGCGUCCUUGUUGUAUCAGAUCAAAGGGCCUCUCAACGCCAACACCAAAAACCAGGUGGAAGCCGACUCGGACAACAUGCUGCGACCGCUUAUGGAUUUUCUGGAUGGAAAAUUAACUCUAUUCGCCACUGUCUGCGAGAAGACCGUACUGAAGCGCGUCCUGAAAGAGCUGUGGAGGAUAGUAAUGACUAGCCUGGAGAAGACGAUCGUCCUGCCACAGGGAAAUGACACCUUUGGAGCACAGAUACUGUCCGCUGCAAAAGACCUGGGACAGCUCUCCAAACUAAAGGAUCACAUGGCGGGAGAGGCUAAAAGUCUGACACCCAGACAAUGUGCUGUCAUGGAUGUGGCCUUAGACACUAUCAAGCAAUACUUCCAUGCUGGAGGCAACGGCCUGAAGAAAGCCUUUCUAGAGAAGAGUCCAGAGCUUUCCUCAUUACGUCACGCUCUGUCCCUGUACACUCAGUCCACAGACACACUCAUCAAAACCUUUGUGACAACCCAACAUGCACAAGUGCACAAUGGGAAGGGUAUUAGGUUUACCCCAAAUGAAAAAAUACAGCCCAGCAGGGGAUCGGGCGUGGACAAACCCAUCGGGGAGGUUUCCCUCCAGAUUGAGCUGUACACCCAUCCCAAGAACGGGGAGCGGAAAGUUACUGUUAAAGGUCUGUUUGAAUUUAAGAAAAAAAAAGUUACAUUAGAGGUCACUAUAUUAUUGACUUGUGUGUUUGUUAUCAUUACAGUCAUAGGAGCCAGUGAUUUGAAAUGGCAGACGUCUGGUAUGUUUCGCCCGUUUGUGGAGGUCACCCUGAUCGGACCUCACCUCAGCGACAAGAAGCGCAAAUUCCAGACCAAAUCCAAGAACAACAGCUGGUCUCCUAAGUUCAAUGAAACGUUCCAUUUUGUUCUGGGUAACCAAGAUGGCUUCGACUGCUACGAAGUCCAAGCCUGCGUGAAAGACUACUGUUUCGGCCGCGCGGAUCAAGUUGUGGGUUUGGUGGUGAUUCAGCUGAGAGACAUCAUGGAGAAGGGAAACUGUGCUUGCUGGUGCCCGCUGGGACAGCGCAUUUACAUGGACGACACGGGCCUCACCGCCAUGCGGAUCCUCUCGCAGCGUUCCAACGACGACGUGGCAAAGGAGUUUGUGAGGCUCAAGUCGGAAACUCGAUCUGCCGAGGAGGGGAGAUGAGGACACGGAGGGGAAAGCACGGACUCUCCCACAUUCAAUCUGUUUUAGCUGCUGCUGAAUCUUAAGAGAUGCCUUGCCAAGCUCUCUGGCUCUCACUUACAUUUUCAUCACGAUACUCGCAAUAUUUACCAACAUCUUUUAAAGCUUUCCUCACUUCCUGUUUCAGUUGAACCUGUUUUUAACCCCUUUUUUCUGCUUAAGUGCCACAGUGUGUUCAUCAGAUCUAGCCAGAGGGCUAAAUACGUCCCUACACUUCCCUGGUGUUCCUGUGCAAUAACCCUGAUCUCUCUAUCCAAGUUCAGCCAAGUGUUUUUUUAAGCCUUACACUAAAAACUGUGAAUGUUUGAUGUCAUACACUUUUAAACACCCUUAAUGAUUUUAGUCAAUUUUAUCUUUUUAAAGUUCUUUGUUUGGUGAAUGAAAGACUUUAAGGCCAGAGUCAGUCGGUAUUCAUAGUAAACUCUUAAUUUUCGCAUUUAAAACCUGAGCAGUUACAAACGUGCCUUCUCCACUCAAGUUGACCUCCUGCUUGUAUUUAUCUUUGUUGAUAAAACUUGUUCACUUACAUUUAAAUCUCACAGAGUUCCUUCUGUUAAAGAGUUUUUAACCGUUUUUAUUUAUGAGCUCUUUUAAGACGUCUUGGUGGCCUGAUGUAUCCUGGAUGCUGUAGCCAUUUUAUUUAUUGUUUUUAUAAUUAUUUAUUGUUCUUUUAAGGCCUGGGAUUUUAGGAAAGUGUUUCCAGAUUAGCAUGUUUGUAAAUUUGCACAUUUUAGCAGUUUUGUUAGCAUUAGCAACGAAAUAUACAGCAAGUUGCAACACUUUAGAAAGAAAAAAGGUCAUGCAUAAUCACUAAAAACAUGCAUCCAGACUUUAAAAUUAGAUUUUUUAUUUGGAUAAUCUGGUUUACUUGGAGGAAAACAUCCCAGCUUUCCCUGUUAAACAGUUAUAGUUUACAUAUCAUCUCCUCUGUUGGAAAAGAGGCCUUAUGUUUAUGAAAAAGUAAAAAAACAACUUUUUUUUCUUAAAUUCUUUUAAUUUUUUCCAUCUUUCUUGUCGAACAUCUUGGCAUUUGCUGUCGUCAUGUAAAUUUUCCAAUUGUCAAACCUAGAUUGUUUUUGUCAUCAUGAUCCGGCACAUCUACCCAAAAUGCUUUUCUUUAGUCUGUGAUAUUUGGUGUUGAAGGAUUUCAAAUGUUUUAAAGUGUUUUCAUUACUACUUUAUUGCAGAUUUCUAGAUUGAAAGGAUUUACCUGUGAGUCAUGAGUGAAUUUGAAGGAAACGUUUCUUAAUUGGGCAUCUACAGUGUUUUUUGUUUGAAACCACAAAAUCUGACCCUUGUGUUCUGACUUUGUGUGAUCUUCAUGUAUUUGGAUUAUGAGGUCAUGUCUCUAGUCAUCAUCAUGUCAGACCCCUCGUCUUUUGUGCCAAGAUGAAAGUGUUCACUUUUUAUCUUUAGCGUUGCAUUUUUUUAAAACUUGUUUACCACUUGAUCACUGCAAUAGUUAAGUACAGUUUUUCAGUCACAGUAACUGCAUUUCUUUUUGUACUGUCAUUGCUUUUUGUCACCAUGUAAAAAUGUCAGUUUUAAUUUCAUAUAAAGUAUUUCAAUAUCUACAA